CUCGACGACGUUGAUUGUGAUGGCGACGAGAGUCGACUAUUGUCUUGCUAUCACGGCCGUUUGGGACAAUCAGAUUGCACUCACUCCGAAGACGUCGGCGUUAAAUGCGGUGAUUUAAGUAAGAUAUUUCAUUAUUGACGAUUUAGUUUGACUCAUAUCUUAUGGUCGUAUCUAUUCUGUUUCUAUGACAGGUUUGGCUGCGAUUAUUGCCAUCGCUGUGGCUGUGCCUCUCGUUAUUAUCAUUUUUGUUAUCGUCGUGGUUGCUGUCUUGUGUCGACGUUCUAGGGCAAGGAGAGCUCCAGCUGCCACGGUGAUGUAUACUAGUGGUGUUCAGCAACCAGGAGUUGUAGUUGCUGGGCAACAUUCUGGACAAACUGCGGUGCCUCAACCUUUGUAUCCGCCAUCUCAGUCUUAUCCUCCACCUCAGUCUUAUCCCCCACAGCAACCUUAUCCGCCACCUCAGGUUUUUAAACCGCCUAAUGAACCCACAGACCAGCCGCCUUCUUACGAGAUGGUGAUAGAGCAGGAACACGGUUAUCCUACACAAGUUGAUGCACAUCGUCCUCCUCAAUCGUAUGGGUAUGGUCAAGCUGCAGGAGACGGAUAUUCGUCUCAAGCCUGACACUGAAAGCUAAAUUUUAGCCGCUUGAGUAGCGUCUGGAUUGGAAUUUGUGAAAAAGGCUACUUGAUGUUGCGCAAUAAACUAGAUGGUGUUGUCUUGUGCUUGCAUAUAUAAAUGUAUAUAUUUUAGAAUUACUGGCGUGCUCAUUGCCUUAACUUUUCAUCUACACGCAUCUAUCUGCUGCUUGACUUGUGGUGUUGGACGUCUGUGCUUCCAGAUCAGUAUUUCAUUGGUAGUUAUUUAUAUCUGUUUAUUGAUGUACAAUAUUGCAAUUCAUGAUUCCAAGCUCAAAGUCAGACGCAAAUUCAAUAGAUGCUAUUUGUUUACACUUUUAUUAAUUAGGAUUCAUUAAGUAUUUUGUUAAUUAUAAGCAUUUUUUCUUUCACAUUUUAGCGGUUGCUGAUGUUUAAUGGACAUAAUUUUUGUUAAA